GAGCCUAAAGCCCCUCCUUUCCCAUGCCCUGCACACACUGCACCCAUCCAGCUAUUCAUUCCAAUUCUCCUCUCUUUAUUUAUCUUUAUAUUUCAAAAAAGAAAAAAACUUACAAAGAAUACAAAAGCGUGUUGUUCAAAGUUUAAACCCCCUGCCCAUAUAUAAAGCUAAAGCUAUCCCAAUAUAUACAGAUCUCACUCUCUCCCUCACUUCCAUUUUCAAACUAUGCCCAUGCCUCCCCCUCAGCCACCACAACUCCUCCCCCUCCUCCUCCUCCUCCUCUUUGCCUUCCUCAUCAUCCUCCUACUUCCCGCUCCCUCAGUCUCUGCUACCACCACAAGCACAUCCAAUGCCACCACCACCACCACCCAACAAUUUAGGGAAGCCCCUCAAUUCUACAACUCCCCAGACUGCCCUUCCAUCACCCCCCUCCACCACGACGACGUGGACCCCGACGAGUCAGACGAUGACCACAUGAUGAUCUGCUCCUAUCAAGCCGUCCAUGUGGCAAUGACACUCGACACCGCCUACAUCCGCGGCUCCAUGGCCGCCAUCCUCUCCGUCCUCCAACAUUCCUCCUGCCCCCAGAACGCCGUCUUCCACUUCGUUGCUUCCGCCACCGCCAACGCUCCCUACUCCGCGACCCCGCGCGCCCCCCACGUCGCCGGCCCCUCCCCAACCCCCACCCCCCCCGCCCUCGACUGCCCCCUCAACUACGCCCGCAGCUACCUCGCCGACCUCCUCCCCCUCUGCGUACGACGCAUCGUCUACCUCGACUCCGACCUCAUCCUAGUCGACGACAUUGCCAAGCUCGCCGCCACCCCCCUCGGCCCCUCCUCCGUCCUCGCCGCCCCCGAGUACUGCAACGCCAACUUCACUACCUAUUUUACCCCUGCCUUCUGGUCCAACCCCUCACUCUCCCUCACCUUCGCCGACCGCAAGGCCUGCUACUUCAACACCGGCGUUAUGGUCAUCGACCUCGACCGCUGGAGAGGCGGCGACUACACCACGAAGAUCGAGGAGUGGAUGGAGCUGCAGAAGCGGGUGAGAAUCUACGAGCUCGGCUCGCUACCGCCGUUUCUGCUGGUGUUCGCCGGGAACAUAGCGCCGGUGGAGCAUAGGUGGAACCAGCACGGGCUCGGAGGUGACAACUUCAGAGGGCUUUGCAGAGAUCUGCAUCCUGGUUCGGUGAGUUUGUUGCAUUGGAGCGGGAAGGGGAAGCCAUGGGCGAGGCUCGAGGCCAACAGGCCUUGCCCUCUGGAUGCUCUCUGGGCUCCUUAUGAUCUCCUGGAAACGCCAUUUGUUUUGGAUUCAUAAAAGUGUGGAACAAAACGGUGCGUUCUGGGUUUGAGAUGUGAAGCCGCCGCAGACUGUGAAUUGUGCGUCGUCGUCGGAUGAUGAGCGAGCGAGAUUGUGAUGAUCAGUCUUGGCUUGGAAAUGCGAUUGAAGAAGGUCGGUGGAAGGAAACAUAAUUGAAUUGUAUGUAGAUGAUGAUGAUACAGGUACAUCUGGAAAAUAUGUAUAAAAAAAAAGACUGACGAUGUAUACUCAAAAAGUAAUGAAAAUGGAAUAAAUCAUGAAUUUUUGUCACCAAUAAAAGUGUGAUAUAUAAUGCGUAAUUGUAUCAUAUUCGUCUGUAAUUCAUGUAUAGCAAAAGAGCUGUUUUAAUUUGG